UUAAACGACAACUCGCAGUUCUCCUUCUCCAUCUUCAAGACCUCAACCCUCUGCGGCUCUGUAAAUCUCUCACACGCUAGCAAUGUAACACAGAGGGACCAAAGAGAGUGGUUGAUUGGGUUCGUAUGAGAAAUGGUUCAAAAUCCAUCUCUGUUUGCGUAACAUCCCUUUUCGACUCUCUACCACCAAGAUUGGAUUUUUCACCCUCCAGCUUUCACAAUGAGUGCAGGUGGUGCUUUUGGUGGUAAUAGAGGGCUGAGCCCAGUUCCUCCAGAGAAAGGUGUCUUCCCCUUGGAUCGUAUGCAUUUGUGUGACCUGGACAUGACACAGAACCAAGCGCAAUGACGUUCUAGGAUUCAUAUAGCCGACCCCACUUAGUGGGAAAAGGCUUUGUUGUUGUUCUUUGUGCUGCUGGAAGUUCUUAGUUCCUUGGCUUUAUUACAGGAGAAAAAAAAAUGCCUCAGUUGCCUCAAAACUUCGGGCCACCAAUCUGAAAAAUGUAGGCUCUUCUCUAAAAUGUACCUGGAAUGCCAAAUGGAAAAGAACUUGAUGGAAACAAGACAUGUCAGAACUUGGAUUUGUUAAGGAAGGUAACUCGGACGCUUCUGGAGAGAAGGUUUCCAAGCGGAUUGCUAAUUAGAUCGGAUGAUAACUUUUGAGACGAUAGUAGUUGGGAGAUUUUUACUGAUAGGGCUAAUACGAUCGACACUGAAUUUUGGUCAUGGAAGAACUACUUGUAAAGGAUCGAAAAACAUUAGUGUUUUGGGUUCUUCAAAAGAUGUUAAUGAUUGUUUAUCCUAGCCUUGCAGUCGGGUUUCCCAAAAAAAUGGUGAAGGGAAAGACUUCCAUGCAACAAAAAUAUCAUUCCAAGUCAAUCACGCAGUGUUCAUAGAUGCCUCUGGUACGACAACUAAAUUAUGUAAAAAUACUUUCAUGCAAUAAGCAAGUACGUAAUUAGUUUGAAAUACCGUCAGUAGUAAUUGGGGUUUGGUGUCAUUGUUUUAACAUUAGGAUUGAAUUUUUUUCUUUUUUUUAACAAACGAUAUUACUUACCCUAGUGGUGGUGGGAGAGUAUGCUAAACCUCACAAUGAUCUAGUAGUAAUGUAGUUCAAAUUUAUCUUUGGCAAAAAUUGAAUUUAGAACCUCUCACUUAGAACAGUUACAAAACUAGGUGGCUCCAUAAAAUUUGUUCUUGAGGAACUACAGUCUUGCAGAAACAAGAGUCCAAAACCUGUAAAAGAACAGAACGGCUGGCGGGAGAUAAACACUAUGACAGAGAAAACAAAAAAUAUUUCUUGGGAGUUUCUGCUCUCUCUCUCUCUGAACGGCUGGCGGGAGAUAAACACUAUGACAGAGAAAACAAAAAAUAUUUCUUGGGAGUUUCUGCUCUCUCUCUCUCUCUCUCUCUCUCUCUCUCUCUCUCUCUCUCUCUCUCUCUCUCUAUGCCUCGAUGGCCACGCUGCAGAAAGCCUCUGUUUUUGUGACUUACAUGGAUCCAUUUUGCUUCCCUUUUCUCUGUUUCGGAUUUCCAUGGCUCUCCAUUUGUCUCCCCUCGAACCUCACCUCUUUUACCACUCGCGAAACACACGGAAACUAGAGAAGAAGAAGACUCAAACGAUGUCAUAAAUUAUGUAGUAGCAGCAUUGGGAUGUUAACUGUCAUGGAAUAAGAAUUGGAAUCAUUUCGAUUCUUGACUUCCAUGCGUUUACUAAAACAUGGGAAUUGGAAUCGUUCCAAUCUUGUAACUUUGCCGAUAUUCACUAAGAUAUUUGGAAUCCUCGGGUUCUCCUAAAAUCUGUUAUCCAUAGCUGAAAAUCAAGAAUCAGAACAACUUGGGAGAGGGGAGAGACGAGGGGGGAUGGUGGGGAUAGUUGAUACCAUUUGCAUUCCUUCAAUCAUAAAUUCUGAUAGCAACUUCACUUCUUGGGACAGAAGAUCUGUAAGAUCAGAAAACCGACUAAGGGUGAUUGUGAAUGUGCAUAUGCCUUCAAGGUGCAGCGCAAAUGAACAAGGAAUCUAUGGCUUUUCGACGAAAAAUCACUUGCUCGAUUUAUUGGUUAGGUGUUACAAUUCGUCGAGGUGGUCUUCAUCUUGGACCUCAUCAUCGACAGUGUGUACAGCUUAUUCUGGUCAAACAACUUGUGUGAAUGGUGCCUCAGUGGCUAGAACUCGUAAUCAUGAAAACGAAUUUGAUCGGGUCAAUUGCCUUGAAUGGGUAUUGCAUGAAUCGGCUAGGAGCUUCUCUGUUGCAGUUGAGUCACUUGAAUUGCCAGGAAGUGGUCCAAAGCUUGCAAUGGCAUGGUCUGGGAAGGAUGUCCAUCAAUGGCAUAAACGGAUUUCUUAUCAGGUUGCAGUUUACGCUUUGUUGAAAACAGCAAUCGAAGUAGAAAUUUUGCUUUCCAGUGAACGUCACAGCAGCGACUCUUCUCCAGUUAGUGAUAUCUUGACCCCAAAGAUUGAUUUGAUUGGCGAAUACAUCGAGAGUCAAAUGAACAUGGGGCACUCAGAAUUAGUAGAAUGGUUUAGAGUGGUGGAACUGCCGCUUAUGGCAGGAUUUUUCAUUCCCUUGUUGAGGAAGUGGUCUAUGGAAUAUGCAGGAAGUGGUGCUGCAGGGAUGGUUGUGACUAUAAGCUGCUGUGCUGCAGUGGCUAAAUUGGGUAACGGUCGUGUUAAGUGCCCUUGUUUUUCAUUUUCAAUUGAAGAUGUAAUGGUAGAGCUCAUGGAUCACUCACACAGUCUUGUGUCAGUGGAAAGACUACAUAAGUUAGCUACUGAGGCAGGAUUUGAAGUGGAUUUCCUGUCCCAUUUUGGUAGAAAGGUUCUGCUGAGCAACAAAAGUGAAGAGGUAGAAUUUUGGUUUGGGUUGGCUCAUAAAAAACUCUCAACGGCAUUCAGCAAAGAACGUGUGAUCCCAGGCAAGCAGAAUUUUCAUGACAAGGUUCAAGCAGAUACUUUGGCUACCUUAGGACUUUUUGCAUAUCUUGGGAGAAGGACUAGAUUAUUCUUGUCAACAAUGGGCAUAAAGGAUCUUGAUGAGCUAGUUAAGGACUUCCUCAGCUACUUGGAGUGUGGUAGCCUUUUCAUUCACCCAGAGUUUUCUUCUGUAGCAGUUUAUCAACACUUCAUGGAGGUGGUGACUGAUGAAAUUGGAUGGCUUGAUUUCUACGCUGCAUGUCGUCCAAAAAGAAGUCAAGCGAGACAAAAAUGUAAACUGCAUCCCAUCCAGGCAGAGAAAGAGAUUGCUCUAUCUGCUGUGUUUACUGUAUGCUAUGAUGUUUUCUCAGGAUUUGCUCACUUCAGUCGUUCAACUCAACAGUCCUUAGACACUCAUUUGCUAGACUUCUUGCUCCACAGCCAGAGCUUGCUAACUGUUUGUUUGGAAGACUACUGGGCUGCUUAUGAUAAAUCAAGUGAGUUGCUGAAGGUCACAGAACCUGGUGCUCGUCGAGCAUCAUUUGUAGGAUCUAUAGUUGCAUCCAAGUUAUCAGUAACAAUGGAGGCACAACAAGAGCCAAGUACCUUAAUAACAUCAGAAGAUUGUCAAAAUUAUAAGCCUGAACGCAGGCUUAACCUCAGAAAGUGGAAGGAUUCCCCCUCACCCGGGGCGGAAUCUAUAAGCUCCAUGGAGGAGGGUAGUGCCACAAGAUCAAAAUAUCAUCAGCGAAGUUUAGUUAAGAUGUAUAGCAACAAGCUGGUAUCUGCGAGCUCCGAUAUAUGGAUGGGCACUCAGUUGCUUUUCAUAGACAUCACGAUUUCCGCGGAGCUACUCCUCAAACAAUUGCGUGGCCACAAGGUUACAAGGAGGGAAAGAAAUAAGUUAAAAAGAACGCUAAAUGACAUAACUUCACUUGUACCAGUAACAAUUCUCAUGUUACUUCCCGUAUCUGCAGUAGGUCAUGCUGCCAUGCUAGCAGCAAUCAACAAGUACAUGCCGGGCCUGAUCCCAUCGUCGUAUUCUUCGGAGCGGCUGGAUGUUGUGAAACAACUAAAGAGAAGCAAGAAGAUGGAAGUAAUUAGGAGAUGGAACAACCUUGAAGAUCCAUCCUCUAGAAUAACCUAAGUUAUUGCUUGUGUUGCUGCUCACUUCAACCCGAGUUGGAAUAAACUCUUCUAUGAUAUGAAACUAGUGUUUGUAAAAUAGUUAAAAACGAAUUAAUGUGACGUGACGUGACGUAAUCGUGCCUGUUGAUCCA